GGCUCCAGGAGGGCGGAGCUAAACGGCAACCAUCGCUUUCAUGGGCGCCGCUCACCGCCGGGACGCGGGGGUGGAGAUACCGAGCCCACAUUAAGCGGGCCGCCAGUAAACCGGUUUCAAAUGCACUGGAGAGGCGGACCAGGUCCUGGUGUCCAGUCCAGCUGCGGAUCCCCGUCUCGCUCCCAGAUGUUUGUCCGCUGGAUGCUGCCCGUGAUCUGCGCCUUGUCCGCAGAGGCCCACUUCUUCCACUUCGAUAGCAUUAGCAACAUAUCCACUUAUUAUUUUAAUUAUAUCUACUGUAACAUAUGGGAGGGGGAGUGUCAGCCGCACCAAGACGAUGCCUCGCAGCAAGUUCCUACCAUAGACAUGUGGACAGCUUUCCCUCAGGAAUACAUCAGCCUGCUGAACCAGUGGUACUGCAGCCUGGGCCAGUGCUGCGAGUCUGGAGACUGCAGGAUAACCAACAAUAUCACAGGUCUGGCAAAGGAUCUCCAAACCAAGCUCCAUGGGCAGCAUUUGGUUCAGUCUGUAGUUCUCAAAGCCAUCCAAGGUUUUAUUAACAAUCCGGAGUCCAACAAGCCUCUCACGCUCUCCUUCCACGGCUGGUCCGGCACCGGCAAGAACUUUGUGGCCCGGAUCAUUGCUGAUAACCUGUACCGGGACGGGGUGAAGAGUGAGUGUGUACGUCUGUUCAUCGCCCCGUUCCACUUUCCACAUGCCAGACUGGUGGACACGUACAAGAGCCAGCUGAGAGAGGCCAUCCGAGACAUGGUGCUGCGCUGCCCUCAGACUCUGUUCAUCUUUGAUGAAGCUGAAAAGCUCCACCCGGGCCUCAUCGAUGCUAUCAAACCCUACAUGGACCACUAUGAUAAUGUAGAUGGAGUCAGCUACCGCAGAGCCAUCUUUCUUUUUCUCAGUAAUAUUGGCGGUGCAGCCAUCAACGAUGUGGCACUGGACUUCUGGCACUCUGGACAGAAUAGAGAGGACAUUGGCAUGGAAGACCUGGAACAUCGGCUACGAGCUGAAACUAUGGAGUCUCCAGGUGGGUUUGCUCGGAGCGAGCUGAUGUCAGGUCACCUGAUUGACUUCUUUGUGCCAUUUCUGCCCCUGGAGUACCGCCACAUCAAGCUCUGUGCACAGGACGCCUAUGCAGCACGGGGUCUAGAGGCAGAUGAAGCAACACUGGACGAGGUGGCUAAGGCAAUGCUGUAUGUACCCAAAGAGGAAAGACUCUUCUCUGCCCAAGGAUGCAAGUCCAUACCACAGAGGAUCAACUUCUUUCUCCCGUAGAAGGAGAGACAGACAGUAAAGGAGCAACCUGGAUGAGGUGUGAGAUCCCUUUACUGGCCCAUAUGCAUACAGAGCCACAAGGAAGUCGUAUCUUCUUUGCUUUGCUCUGUGCAUUCCCCCUCUUCUCCCACAGAUACAGCGUGUGUCUGACCAGGUCCCUCAGUGAAGACCAGGCACCAGGACAGAUCCUGUGUGAGAGGGGAGAGCAGCAUGAUGUCCUGCAGAGAUCACGGACACACAGAUAUCGUGAGAUAUGGCUGCUCUCCUUCACCGGCCUGGUUUGCAAUCUCACCCUGUCAGGACGUGGAGAAGACAGUGUUUGGGCAGUGUUUGGUCAGUGUUUGUUGUAGAACGAUACUCAUAUUAUUAUUUGUUUUGUCACACUAUUUAUGCAAGUUCGCCUUUUAAGAAAGAAAAAAAGUAUGGGUGUUGCUGCUAUAUGUUAUAAGUUCUUAUGUCAUGUGUUUUGUAUUCGUAGACAUUGUGCUCCUAUUAGCACUAGAUAUUUAUUUAUGUCAUUUGGGCCACAGCUGAACACUUCUACUGUGCCAGGUUAUAUUUGUAGAAUGGUUCGAAUGCACACUUGUUGGUUAUUUAAUCUAUUAACUGGUUAUGACGAAAGAACACUUGCGAUGGGAUGAGACCAACUGUGACGUCCGUCAGAUACUGAUUGUUACAAGCACAGCAAUAUGUUAUAUGACAUUAUUACACAAGCACUCAGUGUCAUUUGGUGGGCCUGCUCUUACCUUCAGAGUCCACCUUCGAUUUUAGUAUUGAAUUGGACUGGGUAAACCAGCCAAAAUCAACAGGGAAGACGUUGUUACAUGAUGUUACGGGAGAAACGUGAGAAACGAUAUGUAAAAAAAAAAAAAGCAAAUCAUCUGUUUUAAUUUUUUUUUAUAAUGUUUUAUUUCUUUUCAAUGUAAAUACUUUGAGACGUUUAUGUGAAUUCCUCUGUCAUAGGGAGUUUUAUUUUAAGUUUGGUCACUGCUUCAUCUCUUAACCACUCAUUCACAAGGAUUCAGGUCUGCUGUAUGGAUUUUGUUCAUGAGGCGAAGGACAGCAUCUCAGUUAACAUCACAGAAUGAAAGUAAUGAAAGCAAAUAUUGUUUGAAUAAAUAAAAGAUAAUCAGCAAACCAAAGACAAUGUUUACUUUAUUGUAAUUUUUGUGAUCUUCACUCAUAGGGUUGCCAACUGUCCCUUGAAAAACUGAAUCGUCCUGUAUUUAUAAACUAAAGUACGCGUCCCGUAUUGAGCUGAAAAGGGACGAACUUUGUCCCAUUUUACUGUGAGAGUCAAAAAAUAGUCAUAAAAUGCCAAUGGAAAAUGGCAUUGAGCUGUUGAGUUCACAAGUUAUUUUUUUCUGUUUUACUACAACUGUAGCCUACAGUCAUGGCCUUUGAGGCACAAAUAUGUUCACAAGUUUUCUACAGACUUUGUGUUUGCACU